UUGAGGCGCUUGAAUCUCUCUGGGUUAGAGCCCCAAGUUCAGGAGCAGAAUGAGUGCCUCAAAGAGCCUUCCUGAGUUCGACGAGGACCUGUACUCUCGCCAAUUCUAUGUUCUGGGCUAUGAGGCCAUGCAGAAGAUGGUGGGAGCAGCUGUGCUGGUCUCUGGAAUGAAGGGCCUGGGGGUGGAGAUUGCCAAGAAAGUCAUCCUUGCAGGAGUGAAAUCUGUCACUGUCCAUGACCAGAGUGAGACUCAGUGGAGUGACCUUUCUUCACAGUUCUAUCUGUCGGAGAACGACGUGGGGCAAAACCGAGCUCUGGUCUCCCAGUGCCGCCUUGCAGAACUGAACGCACAUGUCCCUGUGCAUGUCUAUACCGAUGGGCUGUCUGAGAGUUUCUUGUCUACUUUCCAGGUGGUGGUUCUGAGUAACUCACCCUUGGAGGAGCAGCUGCGAAUCAGUGACUUCUGCCACACCAAGAACAUUUGCUUUGUCCUAGUUGACACCAAGGGCCUGGCUGGGCAACUUUUCUGUGAUUUUGGAGAACACUUCAUUGUGCGCAAUCCUUCAGAGGCUGAACCUGCCUCUGCUACCAUUCAACACAUCACCCAGGGUAACCCUGGCAUCGUGACUGUGGCAUGUGACAAUGAAGAGAGACAAGGCCACCACUUUGAGGAUGGUGACUGGGUGAUGUUCUCCGGGGUUGAGGGGAUGACAGAACUCAAUACCUCCAAGCCCUGCCUCAUCCGUGUGAAAGGAACCUGCAGCUUGGAAGUUGGAGAUACGUCUUCUUUUUCUCCAUACAAGUGCGGUGGGAUCAUCACCCAAGUCAAGAUACCUCAAAAACACUCCUAUGAAUCCCUGCGUACCUCCAGGGCUAAUCCUAAAAUCAGGAUCCCGGAUAAGGGGAAACUGCCUCGCUGUCGCUCCCUCCAUGCGGCCUUCUGGGCACUGCAUAUCUUCCAGAGGGAGAUGAAGCGGCUGCCUAGGCCCAGGAAUCAGGCAGAUGCAGACAAGAUGGUGAAACUGGCACAGACCGUCUCUGUGAGCAAGGAGGAGGAACUGCAAGAGGACCUGGUGCGGACAUUUUCUUACGGAUGUUCUGGUGACCUGAGCCCUAUCAAUGCCUUCAUAGGAGGCCUGGCUGCCCAAGAGGUGCUGAAGGCUGCCUCAGGGAAGUUCACUCCUUUGGACCAGUGGCUGUACUUCGAUGCUUAUGAAUGUCUGCCUGAAGAGGAACAUACCAUGCAGCUGACUGAGGAAGACUGUGCUCCACGCGGCGGCCACUAUGAUGGGCAGAUUGCUGUCUUUGGGAAUACCUUCCAGGAGUGGCUUGGGAAGCAGAAAUACUUUGUGGUGGGAGCUGGUGCCAUUGGCUGUGAGCUCCUGAAGAAUUUUGCCAUGAUUGGCUUGGCUGCUAGCGAGGGUGGGAGCAUCACUGUGACGGACAUGGAUACCAUUGAAUAUUCCAACCUCAACAGGCAGUUCCUCUUUCGACCAGGGGAUGUGUCUAAGCAGAAGUCAGAAGUGGCAGCAGCUGCCAUAAAACUCAUGAACCGCCACAUCAAUGUAUCAGCACAGCAGAACCAGGUUGGACCAGACACAGAGCACUUCUAUGGGGAUGACUUCUUUCUUGGCUUGGAUGGUGUUGCCAGUGCCCUGGACAGUCUGCAAGCCAGAAAAUACUUGUGCCAAAGGUGUGUGCAGUACCUCAAGCCUCUGCUUGAUUCCGGAACAGAAGGCACCCGGGGGCACGUCCAGGCCUUUGUGCCCUUUCUGACAGAGUCCUUUGGCCAAGCUCAGGAGGAGGAAGAGACGCAGUACCCUCUCUGCACCCUGCGCCACUUCCCCAGCACCAUCCACCACACGCUACAGUGGGCCCGAGAUCAGUUUGAGGGUCUUUUCAAGACAAAAGCAGAAAACGUCAACACAUUCCUGAAGGAUCCCAGCUUCCUAGAGUCCCAAGAAAUGGAGGCUGUCAAGAUGCUGGAGUCAGUGCGCAUCAGCUUUCAGGAGAAGCCGUGCAACUGGAGAGACUGCGUGGUCUGGGCUCGGAGACUUUGGGAGCGCCUUUUCUCCCAUGACAUCCAGCAGCUGCUGCAUAACUUCCCACCUGAGCAUGAGACAAGCUCUGGACUUCCUUUCUGGUCAGGGCCCAAGCGAUGCCCUCAAACGCUGAAAUUUGACAGCAGUCAUACCACCCACAAGACCUUCAUUUUGGCUGCCGGUCACCUCUUUGCCAAUACCCACAAGCUGCAUGUGAGUGAGGAUGAUUCUGUGACUUCCCAAGUCCUCUUCGACUCGCAUCUGCCACCUUUCCAGCCACUUCAGGGAGUGCAUAUCCCCCUCACUGACCAAGAGAUGCAGAAUCCACAAGACUCUGUUGAUGAGAUGGAGGUGGGAGAGCUGAGGCAGGAACUGGCAGCACUGAGGCAAGAGCUGGAAGAGCAAAAUUCUCUCACGUCUAAUGCUAUGGAGCCCAUUUGCUUUGAGAAGGGGAACGACAUUCACUUGAAUUUCAUCAUGACAGCAGCCAAUCUGCGAGCUGAGAACUAUGGCAUCCCUCCGGCUGAUAAGCUCCAGGCGAUGAGGAUCGUGGGGAGGAUCGUGCCUGCCAUUGCCACAACCACAACAGCUGUAGCUGGUCUGGUGUGCUUGGAGCUUUACAAGCUGGUGUGGCGACACAGGCGCCUGAGCUCCUAUCGCAACAGCUUCCUGCAGCUCUCGGAGCCCCUGCUCAAUCGCUUCCAGCCUCUGUCGUCUCGAACAAUAUACAAGUAUCGCCAGAAAGCAUGGAGCUGCUGGGACAGAAUUGAGGUGCCAGGUGUCGAUGCCGAGGGAAAGGAGAUCACCUUGAGAGACCUCUGCAGACACCUCCAGAUGGAGCAUUGCUUGGUGCUGCAGAUGCUACUUUAUGGAAAUGCUCUUCUCUACGAUGGCUUCUUGGAAGAAGAGGCUAAAGAGCAGCAGCUAUCCAGCAGACUGACGGAACUGGUUCGCUGUGCCACCGGAGAGGCUUUAUCCAAGGAGUGCCAGCUCUUGGUGUUGGAAAUAGUCUGUGAAGAUGAAGAGGACGAUAGCGUCCUACCACCUGUUCAUGUCUGGCUCCGACCGAGGGAUCCAACCAGUGAGGAGUAAAGGGAACUGUGUAUAUGUGUAAUACAAUGGAAACCUUUGGACUGGAUAACUGCAAUGUGCUGGAUGUGGGGCUGCCCUUGAGGAUGGUCUGGAAGCUGCAGCUGGUGCAAAAUGCAGCCGCUUGGCUACUCACUGGGGCAGGAUACCAGCAACACAUUACCCUGCUGUUCAGAGAAUUGCUCUGCCUGCCAGCUAGCUUCCAGAGUAAGUUCAAGGUGUGUAUAGCCAUAUGCAACUUGGUGUGCAUAGCCAUAUGCAACUUGGGACCAGGA